AUGCCGCCCAGAAAAAGCACUAGGUCGAAAACCAGACAAAGAGUGAAUGAAGAACGGGUGGAACCGGCUGCUGUGGAGCAGGUUGCCGAAAAACCCACCGAGGAAGACUCAGAUGCCAAAACAAUGGUCCAAUAUAUCGUCGAAAGACUAGAGAUGGCAACAACACCUCAGAGGUUUGUCCAGGUAAUGGGACUGCUUUUCAUCAUUAAUCUCUUUUAUCUCUACAACAUUGAUGAUGCUGAUGCCAAGGAAAACUUAAUUACCGUGGGUUUGACACUGCUUGGCCUACUCACCCAAGUGGCAGUGAUCUUUAACCACCAAUUUAAACAGUACUCGGCUCAGCUUUUGACUGACGAACCUGAUACUGCUCAGGAACCGCAAUUUCCAGAUUUCGAUAUGAUAUACGCAGUGCUGCUGCCGUUGCUCGUUUGUUUGGUGACCAAGCCCAGCUACCUUCCGUUCGUGGUGGGAUCUGUAUGUCAGGUGACUGGAAUGGCUGAUUUGCCCAAACUACUAAUUGCAGUGGCCGCUGAGUAUCAGGCUGCGGGAAUAGAGGAUAGAAGAUUGGCUCAGUUUCUUGCUGCGCCGGUUCUGCACUUGUUGAUAUCUAAAGGGUUUGGGUUCUAUGCGGGAUCAUCUCUCUCCAAUGCUGAGAAGCAGAUGUUUUCUACUCUUCUGGUAUCGCUGGUUUUUGGGGUCGACUCGUACUCACAGAUUACCAUGGUUAUUCUCCAGAAGCUGUCGAUUGCUUUGGUUGGUUGUCUGGUGCUUUAUACUCCCGUUUACAAGAUGUAUCUUGCCCAGCCUGGUCAUGCGCGAACUGGACUACUGACCUUGCUGUAUCUCAGCUUUAGUUCAACCUUCUUCUUUGCAUCCGUCUACCAGCUCAAGGGAGCUUUGGGUCAGCAUCCUCUGACAUGGCUAAAUUUGUUUUUUCAACAAGGAGACCGUCUCAGGAUUUUGGGUGCUUGGUUGAUUUCGCUCGUAUUGCUGGUACCACUCGUUUUUAGACUAUCGCCUUCAUGGGCUCUUGAUACUCGCAGAAAGGUCUGGCAUUUUACUAUCGUGGCCAUACUGACAUAUCCUUUGGUUUCAGACCCAUUUUUUGUGUCGUUGGCUUUAAUUGGAGUGAUUGGGCUAUUUGUUCUAAUUGAGCUACUGCGGGCUUUGAGACUGCCUCCACUGGGGCCUUUCAUAGCUGACAGUCUCGACAAAUUUCGAGAUGAAAGGGACAAAAAUGGUCCCUUGGUCAUCUCAUAUAUUUUCCUGUUGCUUGGAAUUGCACUUCCACUGUUCUGGAGUGGAAACGCUUCCACUGAAGCAGCUGUAUCUGGACUCAUAUCGGUUGGACUUGGAGAUGCUAGUGCCUCGCUGGUCGGAACCAGAUUUGGGCGUCAUCACUGGUGGGACUCCAAGAAGUCUGCCGAGGGAACAAUUGCAUUUGUUAUUGUUUCUACACUGACUCUCGCUGCAUUCGAUAAAGUGGCAGGCAUUGACUACUCUGUUCCAGACAUUGCAGUGGCUUGCGUGAUUGCUGCAGGACUUGAGGCCGUAUCCGACAUCAAUGACAAUAUUGUCGUUCCCACAGUAAUGUUUAUUACCCUGUCUACGCUGAAAUCUAGAACCUGA